AUCAACAUGUCAUACGAAAAUUGGCUAAAUUAUCUUAAGAGUGCUGAGAAAAAUUCAAUGCUAAGCGGUAAAAGUCGAAAAGUGUUUUACAAGUUUCCCGAUGGAAAUCAAAUGGCCGAGGAAUACAGCAUGGACACGGGAGUUGUACAAAAAAGAGCAUGGCGCAAAUGUAAACAGCUUAUGGGAGAACCAGAAUGGGAAGUUGAAUUAGGCGAGGAUUCUCGUCAACUGGGAGCCGCCGGUGGAGAAAAAGAUGAUAUUCGUAAUGACGACGGCAGCUUUAUGGUAAAAAUUUCGAAUACUGAGCCAAUACUCAGCAAACGAAUCACAAAGAAAAAUAUUGAAUGGAGAAUACGAAAUUUACCCUAUCCCAUAGAGGUGUACAAUGUUCAAGCUGAUGGCGAGAAACGAGCCAUUGUUGUAAGAACAACAAAUAAGAAAUAUUACAAAGUUAUUCCUGUACCGGAUUUAGAUCGUUGUGGAGUACUACCGGCACAGGAAAACAUAAUGGUACAUCAUCAAUACAAUACACUGAUAAUAACCUAUAAGAAACCCGAUAUCUUAUGCGAAAUGGAGGCAGCUGUUUUGAUUUUGUUAAAAGAUGUAGAGACUGAAACCGAUAUGGAGGAACUUUUACAAGGCCUACUGCAGAAAUAA